AUGCUACUUGAGGAUCGAAAGCUACGACAGUAUCACAAUCAAGGCCGGGUACACCUUCGGACGGGCGGACCUUCCAUCUUUACCGGGCCAUCUCGCAGUAAAGCAAGCGUGUCUAGGGGUGGAAACAAGGAACUCGACAUCAACGAAGCCAUCUCUGGCCAACGUCACAUGCGGAAAAAUAUCCAUAGGACGAGUCUGUCAUUCGCGAACUCUACAUCCCAGAUGACAAGGAGUGAAUAUGAUGCCCAGCUAAAGUUUGCUGAUCUCAACGAGGAGACUCUGAUCAAGACACUCGGAACUCACAAGUCUGUCGCUCAGGCUGAAAAUGAUACCACUGCUCCUAAUGGCAUUGGCACUACGAAGCUUGACCGUACAAGUUUUAGAAGCACAGAGAAUUUAUUGCGACGUUUGUCAGAUACUCAAUCCAUCAAUGCGAAAACCUCGCAAACUGGGGCUAAGCCCAUCUACAACAAGAUCUACCCUACAAUUGACAAGAAAGCUUUGCUCGAAACGGCAGCCUUCGUCUAUGACUUUCAUACGCCACCAACAGGGUUUGUCCGUACUAUAGCAAUAAACCAUGAUGAAUCGAUGGACAAUGGUCAAAAGGACGAUGGCGCGGUAACUCAGGAUCAGCGACUCACGGAUACAUCGCUAAAGUUGAAUCCAACUUUGCAUACCGCCGACCAUAGCACCGCCGUUGAUCAGCCUCACAAUAAGCGCAACUCUGUGCGGCGCUUUUGGGAUCGUCGACGCAGCAGGCCAAAUCUUGAUCCGAUACAACAAACUCAGGCUUCCAACGCACCUACAGGCAAUCCGAAUCCGAUGUCCUUCGACCAACUCAACAGCACGCAUCUACGGCAACGAUAUCAAGCCUCGCUUUCUAAUAUCAGUGCAGUCCAAGGAUAUGGGCGUCGUGGAGUACAAAUGGGUAUUAGAAAAGAAAAGACGUUUGAGGAGCUGUCAAACGUUUUUUCGACUAGCGGGCACUAUACCAUCUCGCAAGAUCAUACUGCGGGGGAGCAGACAAGAAGGUCUCAUCUCCUUGCCAACUUUGGGAGAAGAUGUGGUGCAAACACGAACGAAGAGAAACAGUUGAAAGUGGCCGAUGACGAACUUAAUCCUCCCGCAAUCAACAUGGUGUCUGUGUCUGGUUUUGCUCGGCGGGAUGAUUUGAAGCCGCAAGAUACAGGUGGAUACUGGAAAGCUGCUCGUAUGAUACCAUGGCCUUCCGGUAACACUUUCCGAAGAGUCUCGACCUCUCCCGAUGGUUGA